AUGCCAGCUAAGAUGGCAAAGGCAAACAAGACCACAACCGAACAAAAGACCAAAGGUCGCAAAAGCACAGCCGAUGGCUCACCAGCCAAGUCCAAGGCCGGAAAACAAAAAGUCACCAAAACCACAGCCGUCCAACCCGGUGAUCCAACCCCCACCGGCCGCCGUCAUCGCUACAAGCCCGGCACCGUGGCACUUCGAGAAAUCCGCAAAUAUCAACGCUCCUACGACCUCCUCAUAGCCAAGCUGCCUUUUGCGCGACUUGUGCGAGAAGUUGCUCUUGAUCUUCUGCCUGCUGAUGUGGGCGCCGAGCUGCGUUGGCAGUCGCAUGCGAUUAUGGCAUUGCAGGAAGCUGCUGAGGCUUUCUUGGUUCAUUUGUUCGAGGAUACGAAUCUGUGCGCGAUCCACGCUAAGCGUGUUACGAUUAUGCAGAAGGAUAUUCAGCUCGCGCGGAGAAUUCGCGGGGUUUGGGCUGGUUUGGGUUGA